AUGCCAAGAGAUCAACGUCCACAGUGGAUUAUUAAUUCUCAUAUAAAAGAUGUUGAUUUACAUGGUUGUAAAACCAUUGAACUUGCUCUCGAGCGAGUUCAACAAACAUUAGCCGCUGCUAAAAAAAAUGACAAUAUUUCUUAUAAGUUCAUAGCUGGUGGUGGUACACAUUCGAACGUCAAUCAAUAUGGAAGAACGUAUAAAGAGUCGGGAAACUGGAAACGUGAUAUGAAACCAAUAUUAUUUGAAGCUGUUCAAAAUUAUUUAGAAAAGGUUCCGAACGAAUUUCAUGUGUAUACGACAUCAUGUAAUGAAAAAGCAACAGAAGUCUAUGUUCGAUUUAAAGGUGAAAAAUAA